GCCGUCGUCGUCGUGUGCGUAUUUUUUUCGUCGUUCCUCUACAGCACAUUUCAUACAAUUUCGACAAUUUCAAGCCCUACUACGUUCGGUCGAGGCAAAAGUGAUGUCAACAGGUGUUUUGGCGUCGUUCUGGAAUUUCGCGUAAAAUAUCCCUGUUAUCGGUGCGGAAGUUCGCGUCCGAGUGAUUGUUCGGUUUCCGGUGGAUUGUGGCAAUUGGGUAGUGGUGAAAUUCGAGUGAUUUAGUGGUUGCCGAAGCAGAAUUUAGCUAUUUAGUACCGGUUCCGGUAUCGCCUUAGAAUGCCGCUCAGCAAUUUGGAUCCCCUGGGGGGAUCCACCCAGCAGAUUACCUUCCCAACUGCUGCGACAUCUUCCCCGAUAAUGCCGCUCUCAUCGUUGGGGCAGCAAUUUUGCUUGCGCUGGAACAACUAUCAUACAAACCUGUCGGUCAUCUUCGACCAGCUGUACCAGAAUGGGUCUUUCGUGGACGUGACGUUGGUCUGCGAGGGUCGAACCCUGAAGGCGCACAAAGUAGUUCUGGCUGCCAGUAGCCCCUACUUCGAAACCAUCUUCAACGAAACGCCCUGUAAGCAUCCUAUCGUCAUCAUCAAAGAGGUAAAAUUUGAGGAGCUGAAGGCAUUGGUUGAAUUCGUCUACCGAGGUGAAGUCAACGUUGGACAGGAACAGAUCCGACCACUGCUCCGGUUGGCUGAAAUGUUUGAGAUUCGAGGUUUGACGGGAGUCAAGCAUGAAGAACCUGAGCCAGAACCCGUUAUUGUCGAAACUACACCCAAUCUGGAUCAGUUUACAGUGUACACGAGCUCUAACGUUGGAGAAGUCUAUCAGGUUCACAAUGCAGUUAACGAUAAUGACCCCAACAAGAAACGAGAUGUUAUCCGGAAGCAAACGAUAGAAACGAUUGAAGCCCCCGUCGAAUGGCCAAAAACCACAGAUGACUCAUCCAAACUUAUUGCGGAAGAACUAAAACCCAAAAUCAAUCGUAAACGGAAGCAGAUGCACGGUACCGAAGAGUUUUCCGGAACAAAUCAAACGUUUGAAACGUUUUUCGAAACCAGUUCCAUCGAAGGAGACGAUUCCAGCCACAGUUUGCAGCCUCUGACCACGGUUCAGCAGCCAACGGCGGCCAUGGUGUCACAUCCGCCGCUUUCGCAGAUUAUUCCACCACAACCUCAACCACCCACGGUAUCGAUCGCGGCCCCCAUCAAUAAUCCCCCAACGCUUACGCCCAUGAUUGCUACCUUCGCGAUGCCCGACGAAACCGAUACCAAGAUCAGCUUCCUGGAUACCACUAAUGAAGGCGAAGAUACCUCCCUGAACGCCACCCAAGAAUGGGCAAACGCCAACACCACCAACAACACCAUGUCCACCCCCGCUUCAACGGCAACUCCUACGUCGACGAUUGCUCCCCCUACGAUCUCCCAAGUUGUUGAAUCACGCAGCAGCAACACCACGCCAGGAAAUAGCAAGCAACAGAAAGCCCCCAACUGGAACUGGAUCCAGCUGCAGGAAGCCAUCACAGCCGUCGUUACGCAAAAACUACGUUUCACCCAGGCCUCGGCCCAGUACAACAUUCCCAAGGGCACCCUGUAUGACAACAUCCUCGGUAAAUCGCAACGGAUGGCGGUACUCAACGAGCUGCCACUGACACCGGCAGAGGAAGCGGAAGUGCUAGAUUUUUGCUGCAACACAAGCACCUCGUCAGUCAACAAACGCACCAAGAAAUCGCUCGAAAGUAUUCUGGACUUCUUGAAGCGGCUCGAGACCUUCCGAGGCCGGGAGGAGCAGUUCAAGUUUGGCGGCAAGGGAGGGUUCCGGUGGUGGUGGGCCUUCUGCCGGAAACAUUCGGUCGUAUCGCUCUACUACGAGGGCAUCAAUCUGGACGAGGAGGACGCCCGCCCGGCCAAGAGGGGACGCAAAAGCUCGGAUCAGAAGCAGCACGGCACAAAGCUGUAAUUGACUUCGGAUCAUAUUUAUGAACCAUAAUUGUGCCUUUUCGCACUUGCAAUUCGCUUGUGAUUGAUACAUUCUCGUUAGAGGUAAAAAUGCUCAUUUAAGUUGUCAGUAAGAUAUUAAUUGAUCCAAUUGGAUAAUCGUUUCUUCCGAUUGUGGGAAGAGUGAACAAAUCCUGUUACAGCCCAGUGAAGUUAUG